AUGCGCAGCGCCUGCUAUACUAACCAGACUUUUGUGGACGACGACGGCAGCACGGCGCGCCAGGCACCUGCAAGUGCGACCUCUGACCCUCACACCCUCAACGGUGUUGUGCUGAGCAUCCAAGGACUCAAGAUGACCACCGGCGCGUCCGACGUCCCGCCCCUUCAGUGCCGGGCCCGCUUCCGUGAGCUGCUCCUAGGCGACCAGCCAUGCCAGAAUGAAGACAGAGUGCACGUGGAGUUCUACGUGAAUGAGAACACAUUCAAAGAGAGGCUCAAGUUGUACUUCAUCAAAAACCAGCGCUCUAGCCUGCGGAUCCGAAUAUUUAACUUCUGCCUGAAGGUUCUGACAUGUGUGCUCUACAUCGUACGCGUCAUGACUGACAACCCCACUCAGCUCCGUAACGCAUGUAUGAAAUGCAACAGCACUUCUCCGAGUGAUGAAAUUAACUGGGAGCUGAUCUUCUGGGUGGACAGGAAAACCCCUGUGUGGGCCAUUCAGGUGAUAGUAGCAUCCAUCAGUUUUAUGGAGGCAAUGCUGCUUACUUACCUCAGCUACAAGGGUAAUAUCUGGGAGCAGAUGUUCCAAGUGUCAUUCCUGUUGGAAAUGUUAAACACAGUUCCAUUCAUAAUCACGAUAUUCUGGCCGACUCUGAGAAACCUCUUCAUCCCAGUCUUCCUCAACUGCUGGCUGGCCAAGCACGCUUUGGAGAGCAUGAUUAAUGACCUGCACAGAGCCAUCCAGAGGACCCACUCGGCCAUGUUCAACCAGGUCCUGAUUCUCAUCUGCACCCUCUUCUGCCUCGUCUUCACUGGUACCUGUGGUAUCCAGCAUUUGGAAAGAGCCGGGGGGAGCUCCCUCUCUCUCUUCAACUCCCUGUACUUCUGCAUUGUCACCUUCUCCACCGUGGGCUUCGGUGAUGUCACCCCUCAGAUCUGGCCCUCACAGCUCCUGGUGGUGGUGAUGAUAUGUGUGGCCCUGGUGGUGCUGCCCCUACAGUUUGAGGAGCUCAUCUACCUGUGGAUGGAGAGGCAGAAGUCAGGCGGUAACUACAGCCGUCACCGCGCCCAGACAGAGAAGCACGCCGUGCUCUGCGUCAGCUCACUCAAGAUCGACCUUCUCAUGGACUUCCUCAAUGAGUUCUAUGCUCACCCACGCACACAGGAUUAUUACGUGGUGAUCCUGUGUCCAUGCGAGGCAGACAGCCAGGUGAGACGAGUUCUGCAAAUUCCACUUUGGUCUCAGAGGGUCAUUUACCUACAAGGCUCCGCUCUCAAAAACCAGGACCUUCUCCGGGCCAAGAUGGACGACGCGGAGGCCUGCUUUAUCCUAAGUAGCAGAAACGAGGCCGACCGCAUGGCCGCGGACCAUCAGACGAUACUUAGAGCCUGGGCAGUCAAGGACUUUGCCCCAAACUGCCCCCUCUACGUACAGAUCCUCAAACCUGAAAACAAGUUUCACGUCAAAUUUGCAGACCACGUUGUGUGUGAGGAGGAGUUCAAGUACGCCCUGUUGGCUCUGAACUGCCUGUGCCCGGCCACGUCCACGCUGGUCACCCUGCUGGUGCACACUUCCCGGGGCCAGGAGGGCCAGCAGUCCCCAGAACAGUGGCAGAGGAUGUAUGGCCGUUGCUCUGGCAACGAGGUGUAUCACAUCCGGCUGAGUGACAGCAUGUUCUUCAGAGAGUAUGAGAAAAAAAGCUUUACAUAUGCUGCCUUCCAUGCACACAAGAAGUAUGGUGUGUGUUUGAUAGGGAUAAAGCGAGAGGACAAUAAGAGCAUUCUGUUGAACCCUGGGCCGCGGCACAUCAUGGCCUCUGCUGACACCUGUUACUAUAUCAACAUCACUAAGGAGGAAAACUCUGCCUUCACCAUCAGACAGGAAGCGCAUCAAGGCAAAGGCCACUGUGACAUCCUCAACAGCCCAUCUGGACUACCCGUCCACAGUAUCAUCACCAGCAUGGGUACCGUUGCUAUGGACUUCCAGAACACCAGCCCUACUGGAGACAUGAGCAAACUGGCCCUGCCCACAGAGAACGGAGCAGGGAGCCGCCGGCCCAGCAUCGCUCCGGUUCUGGAGAUCGCCGAUUCGGCCUCCCUACUGCCAUGUGACCUCCUAAGCGACCAAUCAGAAGACGAGGCCGCACACUCGGACGAGGAAGUGCCCGCUGCCUCCGAGUGUGUAAAGGGUUACCCUCCCAAUUCACCCUACAUCGGAAGCUCACCAACACUCUGCCACCUUCUGCUCCAGAAAGCGGAAUUCUGCUGUCUGCGGCUGGACGAGGCUUGUAAGCACGUGAGCUUUGAGGAUGCGAAAGCGUAUGGCUUCAGGAACAAACUCAUCAUCGUUUCUGCGGAGACAGCGGGAAAUGGCCUGUACAACUUCAUAGUACCACUGAGAGCGUAUUAUCGGCCCAGGAGAGAACUCAACCCCAUAGUACUGCUGCUGGAUAAUCAGCCUGACGAGCACUUCCUUGAAGCUAUUUCCUGUUUCCCCAUGGUCUACUACAUGGUGGGCACCAUUGACAACUUGGACAGCCUAUUGCAGUGUGGGAUUCUGUAUGCGGAUAAUCUGGUGGUGGUGGACAAAGAGAGCACGAUGAGCGCAGAGGAGGACUACAUGGCUGAUGCGAAAACCAUCGUCAACGUGCAGACCAUGUUCAGCAGGUUGUUUCCUAGUCUCAGUAUCAUUACGGAGCUGACCCAUCCAUCUAACAUGCGCUUCAUGCAGUUCAGAGCGAAGGACAGCUACUCCCUGGCCCUGUCCAGACUGGAGAAGAAGGAGCGUGAUAAGGGUUCUAAUCUGGCCUUCAUGUUCCGUCUGCCGUUUGCUGCUGGUCGAGUCUUUAGCAUCAGCAUGCUGGAUACACUCCUUUAUCAGUGUUUUGUGAAAGACUACAUGAUCCUAAUCACAAGGCUCCUCCUGGGACUCGACACCACACCUGGAUCAGGAUACCUGUGUGCCAUGCGUGUGUGUGAAUGUGAUCUGUGGAUCAGAACAUAUGGAAGACUCUUUCAGAAGCUCUGCUCCACAAGUUCAGAAAUUCCCAUUGGAAUGUAUCGCACUGAGUCCCAUAUGUUCCUGCCAUCUGAGUCACAACAUUCUGUUAGUACAGAGGGGUUGGCAGACACUAAAGAGAAAGGGGAGGAGCCAAAACCCUUGACCCGGAGCUCCUCCGGAAGCGACCAAUCAGAACACCCACUCAUGAGGAGGAAGAGCAUGCACUGGACGAGACGCCUGAGUAGGCGGGCCAUGAAGAGGAGUGACUCCUCCUUCUUAUCCUCCCAGCCGAAGCACAGUGUGUCUCGUCGGUCAGAGAGGGAGGAGCUGACGGAACUCGUCCGGAACCGCAUGCAGCACCUGGGCUUACGCACGGGAUUCAAAGACAUCACUAACCUGACCGCCAGUGAUGUGAUGAACAGACUGAAUUUAGGUUAUUUGCAAGGUGAGCUGAAUGACCAGCAGAACUCGCUGUCCUACGUGCUCAUUAACCCCGCCCCUGACACCCACCUGCAGCUCAACGACAUCGUGUUCCUGAUCCGGCCGGACCCACUGGCUCACGUCCCGGCUGAGCCCCCGACCCGGACCCGCUGCAGACAGUCUGGACCAGACACAUCGGAGCUGAACCAGCUUUAACUGUUUCAAACUGGUCUGAACCGACACAAACCGUAUCAGCUAGACAAAAGACCCCUCUAACACGAUUACAAAACUACAGUCCUGCUCAUAUCGUACUGUGGUGUGGGAGAUCUGCAGUGAGGCUUUAUGGCCAGCAGGUGGAGACAUACCGUGUAUUAGCUUACUAUCUGACAUCUGUAGUGUUGAAGUCUGAUCAGUAGGGGGUGCUAGUGCACCUGAUUUCAAAGCACAAUUCAGAAUUUACCUCAUACCACCGCAGCUCUGUUCAGAGCUGGUAGAGAUUGUCCUUUUAAGCUGAUCUGAGAUCAGUUUUGUUGUUUUAUAUGCUCUGUUGUGGUUUAGAUUACGUUAUGGUGUGGACACACUGGUUCUGGUUCAGAAUAACAGAACAUUAUCUACCCAGAAUGGCUGCAGAGAUAUAUUUACACAUUAUUUACCCAUUUUAUGAUAGUGAAAUAUUAUGUUUGUCAGUAAACGUGGUCCAUUAUUAUUCUUGCAGUCGCGUCCUAAAGUCGGAGUCCACCACGAAGGAUUGGUUUGGUUCCACCUUUCAACAGAAAUCGUCAGAAAUCCUUGUCGUGUUAUUCAAAAUUCUGUUACUUAAAACUAAAACAAAUGUAUACAUGUUAAGAAUGGUUGAUGGUAAUCCAUGUAUGCCUCCAACACACCGUGUCAAUUACCGCGGUAACAGCUGACUGACAGCCUCGGGCUCUGUGUAGAAUCGUCACUCCCACUCCAGCUUUGAAGGACUCCCUCUGAAAAAUAUUUCCCCCCCAAAUAUUUUUGCAGUUGUGUCAGAGGAGCUUAGUGGCAGAAUUAACUCAAAUGAACUUACAGGUGAAAAGCUACAGCCUUAGUGCCAAACCAUUCUCGUAGUUAACUCGCAGCUGGCCGACGAGGGCAGAUUACCACGUCGGCGUGGUUAAUGGGUGUAACGGGCGAUCUUAAUGUCAGUUCAUCAUCCUAUUAUGUUUGUAAACAUUCUUGGGUUUGUUUGUUUGUUUGUUUGUUUUUAUAGAUUUCUAUGGCAUGACAUACUAUACUUAAGCAAUGUAGUGAGUAGAUUAGAUUACAGAAGUAAACAUUUUUUUAGCUGUGCAGUCAAAGUGGUCUAACUGAAUGUUCCCGCUAAUGAAUGUCAUAAACAGUGUUAAUUCUGAGCUACACGUAAGGUUAAACGUGUGUAAUGUUACGGGUCAGAGCAUACAUGAAGACACUUUCCUGUUUGGAGCCCCAGUUAUUUUGUAACACCCCUCCUCCACAUGCACACACACACCCCACACCCCCCAUCCCGGUUCAUUUAGCAUUUACAGUUGGUUUAUAAAAGUCUUACAGUGAUUGUUUAAUUGGGCAUAGUGAGAAUCUUACAUGUAGUUAUUUUCAUAUAUUGUUUUUCCAGAUAGUAUUUCGGUUGUAGGAUGAUCCAAUGGACAAAUCAGGAAACUGUCAGACUCAGGAUAUAUUUUUGUGAAAAGAAACUGAUAUUUCAGUAAGCAGAGUUGGUAAAGCUUACUGAAUAUUGUAGAAGGAAAAAAAUGUAUUAAAGGUAGUAUUUCUAUAAGGUUAUUCAGACAGAUGGUCAGUUCUGGACACUGUGAACAGGUGGCUUUUUUGCAGUGAUCACAUAGUGUUUCAGUAUACUGUUGUAAUGGGACCGAAUAAUGUGACCACACAUGUGCCUACCAGUGAGACAGUCAGAUGAAAAGAUUGCUUAUACCACCUUUAAUAUUCCUAGGUCAUGUAACUGCUGCUAGAUUUAAGGCUGUAUGUGUGCGUUCAUGUCUGUGUUAGAGUGCAUGUGUAUAUGUUUUCUGAAACUAAAUUUGGAAUUAUUACAAGUUUUAUGUUGUGUAAAUUUUCUGUUUCAUUCUGUGUGCUGAUGCAUUGAAACCAAUUAAAACACCAAGUCUCA